AUGGUGCGGCAGGUGGAUGAUUUGUUCCGCAUGCGGAUGCUGAUGGCCGGCGUGUACGUUGGGCUCGGUUUUUCUUCCACGUACGGGUUCAGCCUCUUCACGGAUCAUCUGAAGACGAAGUACGGGUAUUCGCAAAGCGACAUCACGACAAUCAGCACCGUCGGCAACGUUGUUAACUUCCUCAGCUUUCAUGCUGGAAUGUUCUUUGACUCCGUGGGCCCCACGGCUGUGCUUCCGUUCGCCGGUCUCCUUGGAGGCCUGGGUUUUAUUCUGUUUGGACUGACCUUUGACGACAAGAUAAAAACCUCGAGCGUGGCGCUGUUUUCCCUUUACCAGGGAAUCACCCACCUUGGCCUUCCGGUGAUGGACGUUUGCUCCAUGAUGACGCUGAUGGUGCAGUUCCCCUUGGACCGCGGCUACGUGGUGCUGAUCAUGAAGACCUUCAACGGGCUUGGCACCGCGGUGCUGAUGGCGUACUUCAACGGCUGGUUCAGGGCGGCUGACUCGCAUCGCUCGGAGGACAACCACUACUCCGGCUACGCGUACUUUGUUGGGGUGCAGAUUAUUUUCUGCGCCUGUCUCGGCUCCUACUGCACGCGGCUGCCGGUGUACUUUCCGUCCGCGUGGAGAAAGAGCCGUCUGAGCGCCGAGGAGGCCGCGGAGCGGGAGAAGACGCUUGAACUCUACAUGAGCCAGCGUGCCCCAUCGCGGCGCCUGAAGAUCGGGUUUGUGCUUGUCGUCGCUAUGCUGAUCUUUUCCGCCACGCAGUCGAUUGCGACGGCGUACGUGAAGACGUCCCACGCGGGGUACUUGGCGAUCUCGAUUGUGGCGCUGCUGCUGAUGGCGUCGUUCUCUGCGAUGGCGAUGCCGUUCCAGUUCCUGGGCCGCUACACCCCCGUGCGUGCAACGCAUAUGCCGGGCAUUGGCGAGGCGGACGCGGAGCCGAUGCCGCAGCAGCCAAACGAAGCCGCGCGUGCGGAUGAUGCGGAGGGGAGCGACGCCCCUGCUCAAAGCAAGCCGCCAGCGAAGGUGUGGCCGCAGUACCAGGGCUCCUUCUGGGCCCACCUGCUCUCCUUCCACCUGUGGGCAAUGUGGUUCGCGUGCUUUGGCAUGUGGGGAACCGGCCCCGUGAUGCAGAUGAACGCCGCCCAGAUCAGUCGCAGCACGAACUACGGCGAGUACAACAGCCGAACUCUGACGCUUUACAUCGCCAUCAUUUCUGUGGGCACCGCUGUUGGGCGCAUCUCUGUGGGAUACUUCGACACGAAGCUGACCGAGUGGAAUCGUUCAGGCAAGACAAACAUUUUGACGACUAUUGCGCUUCCCGUGGCUCCCCUGCUGUUUGCGCUGGCGUACCUCCUCUUUGGGGUGGUGCCUGCGGGCGCGUUGCUGCUGCCGUUUUUGCUUGGAUCCUUCGGCAACGGCAUUGGCUGGGGCGUGGGCGUCAUUGUUACCCGGAUGAUGUACGCCCGUGACAUUGGCAAGCACUACAGCUUAUUGCGCACCUCCGCUGCUGUUGCGUCGAUUGCGCUCAACCGCUUUCUGUUUGGAGGGAUGUACGAUGCGGAGGGGCGCAAGCGUGGCGAGUUCCCAUCAUGCAACGCCCCUUCGUGUGUGCGGAAGCAGAUGUUUGUCCUGAUGGCCGUCAAUCUUGUCGCCACGCUCGCCGCCGUGGUGGUGCACCUGCGAUUUUCGCGCUUCACCCAGGCGAAGCUGGCCGAACAGGCGGCUGCGGCUGCCCAGCAGCAAUCUGAGAAGGAUGAGCUCGAAGCGCGGCCGACCGAGCUGGCUGAAGGAGAACAACUCUCGCAGCCGUAG